AUGGCCAACAGAUUCCCAGGUGCCGGCGCCGAAGGCACGGUCGAGAUUGACCUCUAUGAGGUGCUCUCCAUCGAAAAGUCGGCCUCGGGCGACGAGAUCAAAAAGGCCUACCGCAAGGCCGCCCUCAAGUUCCACCCCGACAAGGUCCCCGAGGACCAGCGUGAGGCCUCCGAGGUCAAGUUCAAGGAGGUGACGCGCGCCUACGAGAUUCUCGGCGACGAGGAGAAGCGCCGCCUCUACGACACACACGGCAUGGCUGCCUUUGACCCCUCGCGCGGCGGUCCCGGCGGCCCCGGCGGCGCCGACCUCAACGACAUCCUCUCGCAAAUGUUUGGCUUCAACAUGGGUGCCCAGGGCGGCGGCCCCCGCCGCCCCCGCAAGGGACCCGACGAGCAGCAAGAGUACAAGGUCACGCUCGAGGAGCUCUACCGCGGCAAGACGGUCAAGUUUGCCGCCAACAAGCAGGUCCUCUGCAGCGGCUGCAAGGGCACCGGCGGCAAGGACAAGGUCAAGCCCGACCCCUGCGGACGCUGUCGCGGCCAGGGCAUCGUCGAGGGCAUCCGCCAGAUCGGCCCCGGCAUGAUGCGCCGCGAGACCAUGCUCUGCGACGCCUGCCAGGGCGCCGGCAGCAGCUUCAAGGAAAAGGACCGCUGCAAGAAGUGCAAGGGCAAGCGCACCAACCAGGAGAAGAAGGUCCUUGAGCUGUACAUUCCCCGCGGCUCCAGCCAGGGCGAGCACAUCGUCCUCGAGGGCGAGGCCGACCAGUUCCCCGACCAAAUACCUGGAGAUAUCAUCUUUACCCUCGCCGAGGAGCCCCACGGCACCUUUUCCCGUCUCGGCAACGACCUCUCUGCCGAGCUCAAGAUUUCCCUCAGUGAGGCCCUCGGCGGCUUCAACCGCGUCGUGCUCGAGCACCUCGACGGCCGCGGCAUUUCCAUCGAGCGCAAACAGGGUCAGCUUCUGCGUCCCGGUGACUGCCUCCGUGUCCCGGGUGAGGGUAUGCCGUUCAAGCGCGGCGACGCCAGGGGUGACCUCUACCUGCUCGUGGCGGUCGAGUUCCCCAAGGACGACUUCCUCCAGGACGUCGCCUCGUACGAUUCCCUUCUCAAGAUGCUGCCGCCGCCCCUCACUGGUCCCAAGACGGACGAGGUGGACGACGUCGAGUACGAAGACGAUGCCGACAUUGAGACUAUGGGCGAGAACUCCGAAGACCCCCGUGCUCGCGGCGAAUGGCAAGAAGACGGCGCGGAAGACGGCCAGCCGCAGUGCCAGGCCCAGUAA